AAAGUUUCCGCCUCAAAGCUUAGUAAUCAUCGAACCCAGGGGCCAGAAGAGCUCAAAUUCCUUUCCUUUCACACUUAUCGAAACCGUCUCGGUUCCAUUCCCUCUCUCUCUCUCUCUCAGAGUGCGUGUUUUUGUUUUCUAAAGAUGGCUGCUAUUUCGAAUUCAUUGAUUUCGAUUAGAGAUCCUCGAACCCAAUUUUCUUCUGGAUUUUCUUUAAAGCCAAUAAACCAGUUUCUUGGAAAUGCUGCCCCCACCAACUUUUCACUUAAAACCAAUCGUACAGGGAAAUUACAACUUUAUACAUCCAAAAGAUCAAUUGUAGUUCAAGCUGGGUACAGUGAUCAUGGAAAGCCAAGCAGUGCAAGCAUCUUUGUAGGUGGUUUCAUUUUGGGAGGACUGGUAGUUGGAACACUUGGUUGUGUAUAUGCACCUCAGAUAAGCAAAACACUUACUGGAGCUGACCGGAAGGAUCUAAUGAGGAAACUGCCCAAAUUCAUAUAUGAUGAAGAGAAAGCUUUGGAGAAAACGAGGAAAGUAUUGGCCGAGAAAAUCGCACAGCUGAACUCUGCUAUAGAUGAUGUUUCUACUCAGCUCCGAUCAGAAAAAGAACCAAAUGGUGUUGAAGUGAACUCAGAUGAAGUUGAGGCUGCCAUGUAAUUAUCUUAAUUACAUUUUGGUAUAAAAAUGGCCUUCUCUGCCAGUAACUUACAGAUUAAUAAAUAGUAGUUUAAUUUCGUUUAGUUGUUUCUUCAAGCAUGGUGGCUUUUAGUUGGUAUGCAUAUUUUCUCAAGUACCAUUCUGGUAAAAUUGUUCGGCAUUUGGGUCCACUUGAAAACAAUAUGAUUCUAAACGUGUGUUCCAAUCAUGUGUAUCAACUGCUAUUUGAUAUGUCCAUGAUAUAGUUUGGGUACUGAGAAUAUUAGAUAAUAUCUCAUUAUUAUUUAUUAUUA